GAUGUCCCUAGUGUCAGGCUCUCUUCAGCCCAGCCCUUGAAACAUCCAUUCUCUGAAGCAUAGACAACACAAGAACUGAAAGAGGAAGAUAUGCGGUCUCUGCUCACCACGCAGAACCUGCCUCUGCUCCUGCUGCUGCUGCAGCCACGCCCACCGCCGGUUCUGAUGCAAUAUGAAGAUACGGCAGAGGAGAGGCAAGAAGAAUUUGAAGAUCUCCGGAGUGAACUGUACAGUACAGGGCCUACCAAACCACCUACCAGAAAGAGUUUCGAAAGCGAGGUCAUAGUUGAUAACUACGAGCCAUUAGAAGAUCUAAACUACUGUGAUUUUGGAAUAAUGAUGAAAAAUGUUCACACCAGGUUGAAGUGUCGGAAAGAACAUUUCUUCGUCCAGACAAAAUAUGAGGAUUUGCAAAAGGCCUGUAGCACCAGGUUUGUAGCCUGUAAGAAUGGAGUUAAGAGAUGUCACAAGAGCAAGACAAUAACAAAAGCAGUGUACUGUAACUACACACAGGGAACUAGGAUGCCAGACUGUCGAUAUACAUCUUUUUACAUGAGGGGAUAUCCCAUUAUUACUUGUCAAUGGCAAGAUGAUAUCGAAAGCCUUGUUCCUGAGUAUAUUAAUAAUAUUUUGGAAGUACCUGACAAGUAGAAAAUUGCCAGCCACUAGAAAGAUACAUUCCUCCCACCAUUCUAGAAGAGUAUUAUCUAAGAGGUUAAAGCGGGAGGAUAUACCCCUCUCCAUACUGAUUCUUAUAGGUCAAAAUGAAGAAUGGUAAUUUUUAUUCAUUCAUUUUAAUCAUCCACCUCCCUCUCUUGUCCUAACACCAUGUGCAGGCAACGUGGGCUAAGUUCAAAGACUGUGCUCUGAGAUGGUUUCAAACAGGUUAGAUAACUGAGCACAUUUUGAAUGUUACGGGGAUGAAUGCCUAUAGUGAGUGAAAGGAUGAUCACUGCCAAGAAGAACAAAAAGUGGUUGCCUGCACUGUGCUCCAAAGUUAUA